AUGUUGCGUUGGUAUCAAAUGAAGUUGGCAGCUCGCCCUGUCCUUACUCAAAGUAUCACAUCGGCAGUUCUUUUUGCAACUGGCGAUGUAUUGGCACAACAAUUGGUCGAAAAGAAGGGCAUCAACGGCCAUGAAAUUGCUCGCACAGGUCGCAUGGCACUCUACGGUGGUGCUAUAUUCGGUCCAAUCGCUACCAACUGGUUCAAAUUCCUCCAGAAUAAGGUCGUUUUGAAGAACAAGAAUCUCGAAAUGGCAGCUCGAGUCGCAGCCGAUCAAUGUAUUGUUGCCCCUCUCAACUUGGGACUGUUCCUUACCACCAUGUCUGUCCUCGAAGGAAGCGAUCCUAAGAAGAAGCUCGAAGCAAACUACUCUACCGCCCUUCAAAAGAAUUACAUGAUCUGGCCUGCUGUUCAAGCUGUCAACUUCAAGCUCGUUCCUCUUGAGCACAGAGUUUUGGUUGUCAACAUCGUCUCCUUGGGUUGGAACUGCUACCUCAGUUACUUGAAUGGUCGCAAGUCGGAUGUCACAGUCGAUAAAGUGGUAGAGAAGGUCAAGGAGCUUUAA